GCUGCCAAAUCUUACCAACGGAGAAGACUCAGAGGCGCUUUAGUUUUAUUGACUGUGAGGAGUAACUUUUACACAUAACAAAGUGUUGGGUAUGUGAUAUUAACGAAAACCUAUGAAUAUUUAACUGGGCCUGUUUUCGCUCAUAAUUGAAGGAAAGAGUCGAGACACAAAUACGUGUUCCUGCUUCUCCGUCUUCAGGUCCAACUCUGUUUCCGCUGUUAUGGUGUCAACAUGGCGUCUAAGGAAACUAUCAACAACCCGCGAACUCACGUCGAGUCUGUUGUCAACCGCUGGCUGGUGGAUUACUAUCUGUCUCUGGCAAUAGAGUUCUUUAAAAAUGAGCAAUACUCGGACUUUUGUGCCGUCAGAGAUGUGCUUCAACAUGUCUUGGUCCGUCCGGUGGAGCACUCUGAUACUAUGCAAACAAAGAUUGUAGUAUUACAUUUUCUCUCCAUGAUAAAUCAAGGGGACAGACUUGAUCUGUCAUUUGAGGCUGAGCGGAAACUUACUCCACUGGAAUCUGCAUUAUUAUUGCUCCAGAGUUUGAACCUGGAAGGUACAAUGGCACAAUCAGAUUUUGAGAAUGUGUGCACAUUACUGAAAGAAACGAUCGUUGGGCUUUUGAUUAAGAAUGGCGAGUUUGACAAAGCAGAAGAGGUGCUGAACAAACACUUUCCCAAAUCCAUGGUCGGGAAGAAAGCAAUAUUCAUUGCUCUCAUCAGUACAAAGUGUAAAACCCAUGAUAUUAUAGAGCAAAUUGAUUUUCAUCAGUUCAGGAUGGAGAUGUUGAGCUUCUGCCAGAGACUCUGCCCUAUCGCCGUUCCAUUUCUUCACAAGGCUGCAUCGCAACUUAUUGAAAAAAGACUUGCAGAGCCAGAUGAUGGUGCAGAACCUGAAAAGCAAAGUGAAGCUGAACCUAAACCUGUAACUGACCCAUCCUCCUGCAAACAAGUCACCCCUGUCUUGCCAGUGACGUGUAAACACAUGAUUAUCCAGCGGACCAGGCUAGAGGCGGCACACAAAGCUUUGGCUGCAGGGUCAAAUGAGAGGACAUUUACUGAGUUGGAUAAUGAAGUGAGAGCAGAUGUCACCCCGUGCCUCUUACCUUCUGAAAAACUUGCCAACCAGGAAUCAGGGCAGGAGGGGCCAUUUCAGAGAGACUCCCAAAGCCCUCUAGAGGCUUCGCCAGCAGAUGAACCUCCACAAACCAAUGCUGUUCCUCCAACACAAGCAGAAACCCUCACAAACACAAAUUUAGUACCGAGCAGCAGACUUUACACAGUGGCCCAACUGGUUGUUGAGCCAGACAGUCAUGGGAGCUCACAGUGUACAACAGCCUCCCGGGAACUGGACACUGACCUUACAGAAGAAGAGCCAGCACAGUCACCUCCAGUGGCCCAGAAAAGUGUCCCAUCAAGCCCACUGACCCAGAGUGAGGUCAGCAAACCUACACGGAAACGCCCGAGACGAGCCUCUAAAACUGGCAGCAGAACCUCAACAAGUUUCACAGAGUCGUCACAAGAGGAUGAAGUCCCUCGUUCUUCAGCUGACAGCGAAGUUUAUGUACAAAACACCAAAAGCUCAGUCUACAGAAAGUCCAUCAGGUCAAGUGAGUCAUCAUCAGUCAGUGAAGAAGAACCCAUGGAGUCUUCCUCCCAUAAAAUACGGGCCAGGGAUCGUCCGAGCAAGGAUCUCGGUGGCCUAAUCGACAUCUGCGACUCCGAUUCGUCCAAUCUGUCACCACUGAAGUCUGUCCCCAGAAACAGCUCCACUCCUCACAAAGUGACCGGUGAAGGCUCCGGUCCAUCCUUUUCCAAAUGGAAAGUGCUGAUGAAUACUGCAAGGGAAACUAAGGAAACAUGGAGUGAUGAAGAGUCACUUUGUGGUGUCAAGAGGAGCAAUGGGUCACACGAUGAGAGCACCAAUUCACAUUCAGGCAGCAGGAAAAAGAUGUGGACUGAGACUGAGACACAGAAACUGAAAGAAGGGGUCAAAAAAUUUGGAGAGGGCAACUGGAAUAAGAUUAAGUCAUACUACAGUUUCAAAGACCGAACAAAUGUCAAUCUUAAGGACAGAUGGAGAACUAUGAAGAAGCUGAAAAUGGUCUGAGUGUCCCGAGUUCCCAGAGGUCUAAUGUCACAAGACUGGAACACUACUUUUUUUAACCUUCAGAUUAGUCUUUGAUCCUUUUUAAUGAUAUGGUAUUAAGAGUAUGUAUUGAUUUUACAGGACAAAUCCUUUUGGUCAGUACAUUUCUUUGCCUCUUUUCCCAUUUGGUUCAUCAUGUUUCAUGUUUUAAGACAUUGUGUAGUUAAGUUCAUAAUCUGCUCUUGUUCAAUAAAUUUUCCUGGGUCAGUUUGUA